UUUUUUUCCUUAGCUAAUUAUUUUUUCAUCGCAUUUUUUUUAAUAUAUUUUCGCUGUCGUUAUCCUUGUUUCCCUGAGUCAGAUUUUCCAUAUUUUGCGGAUCCUAUUUCAUUUUGUUUCCAAUAAAGUAAUGAUUAAAUCCAUAUUUGCACUAAGACCCACAACAAAGCAUUACAGAUGCAUGCGCCACCCUUUGAAUGAAUUCAGAGAAGCAUUUUGUAUCCAUAAGAAGAAGAAUAUUAGGAGAGAGGUGAUAAGGGUAUCAAGAAUGAGGCUACCAGGGGUUGAUGAUGAAUUGCACAAGAUUUUGAAUACUAAGAUGGAUGGAGUGGAUGCUAGAAGGCGUGCUCGUGAGGCCUUCAAGGAUGUUCAGCUUGGGAUUGACCAUAUACUGUUUAAGACUCCAUCUGGUGGAAUAAAAAUGGAAGAGUCAUAUGAGAAAAACUCAAAGGGCGUUGAAAUCUUCUGCAAAAGUUGGCUUCCUGGUGCAUCUAGGCCAAAAGCAGCAGUAUUUUACUGUCAUGGUUAUGGAGACACUUGCACUUUUUUCUUUGAAGGAAUAGCUAGAAAACUGGCUUUAUCUGGAUAUGGAGUUUUUGCCAUGGAUUAUCCAGGAUUUGGUCUUUCAGAAGGUCUCCAUGCCUAUAUUCACAGUUUUGACGGGCUCGUUGAUGAUGUCAUUGAACACUACACAAAAAUCAAAGAAAAUCCACCGUUCCAAUCUCUUCCCAGCUUCCUAUUUGGACAGUCCAUGGGUGGAGCUGUUGCAUUAAAAGUACACCUGAAACAACCUAAGGCAUGGGAUGGUGCCAUUCUUGUUGCACCUAUGUGUAAGAUUGCAGAUGACAUGGUUCCACCAAAGUUGCUCACUCAUAUCCUGAUUGGCAUAGCCAAUGUUCUUCCUAGGCAUAAGUUGGUUCCACAAAAGGAUUUAGCAGAGGCAGCUUUCAGAGAUUUGAAGAAGAAGGAACAGGCUGCCUAUAAUGUUAUUGCUUACAAGGAUAAACCACGCUUGCGGACUGCCGUAGAAAUGCUUAAAACUACUCAAGAAAUAGAACAGCGAUUGGAGGAAGUUUCUCUACCAUUAUUAAUCCUUCAUGGGGAGGCUGACACUGUGACUGAUCCAUCAGUGAGCAAAGUCUUGCAUGAGAAAGCAAACUGUUCUGAUAAGAAGCUUAAGCUUUAUAAGGAUGCUUACCAUUCUCUUCUUGAGGGUGAGCCUGAUGAAAUUAUAAUUCAAGUUUUUGGUGACAUCAUUUCUUGGCUUGAUGAGCACAGCUUGAAACAGAAUCAUUUUUUCUAUUAAUACUGAUUACUUUUGCUAUCUAUUGAUUCAAAAGAAUAUUCACUCAGAUUGUUGUAAGCAAAGGAAAAUAGAAAGUUGCUAUUGCUUCUAUAGAAGUUAUUAGAUCAUAACCUUGUUUCAUGUGAAUAACAUAUGAUGUUUAUAUCUUAUAUAAUAAAGUGGAAAAAAAGAGAAAUAUAGAGGAAACACAAAAGUA